AUGGACACCAAGACCGUACAGCUUCUAACAGGGCCUAUCAAAGCAUUAGCCCUCGAAAAUACCCUUAUACAUGCGCGGGGUAUUCCCUACGCCAAAGCCUCGCGGUUUCAAGUUCCACAAUCUACCACCUGGUCUGAUGUCCUCGAUUGUACAAGACGUGCGCCAAUAUGCCCUCAACUACCAUCCCGAUUGGAGGCCGUGAUGGGCCCACUGACAAAAGGCCACGGCAUGGAUGAAGACUGCUUACACUUAUCUAUCACGGCACCGCAAAAUGCGACUCAGGCUCCAGUCAUGGUCUGGUUACAUGGUGGCGCCUAUAUAUCUGGGUCUGGGGAUCUGGACUGCUACCAGGGAAUUGACCUUGCAAAACGCGGGAUUGUCUGCGUGAACAUCACGUAUCGUCUGGGAGUUUUCGGGUAUCUUUCUUUGGAAGGCAUUGCACCCGCUAACCUGGGAUUAUUGGAUCAAAGCGCGGCGUUGCAGUGGAUCCAAGUGAAUAUUGCGGCUUUUGGCGGAGACCCAAAGAACAUCACCCUGGUGGGGCAGUCUGCCGGUGCGGAUUCGAUUAUCUGUUUGAUGGCUGCGGAGAAUACAGCUGGUCUGUUCCAUCGUGCUAUACUACUCAGUCCGCCACUGCGAGAACUGAAGGAUCGGACCGCUACCGGGCCACUGGUUACAAAAAUGGCAGAAAGCCUAUUUACAAAAGACCCCAGAGUGAUGUCGGUGGACGAGUUACUUGGAGUUCAAAGAAAACUGUUGAUGGAUCCUGUAAAGAAGCAGGUCAUGCUAUUUGCACCGAAUCUUGGAUUUGAUCCUUUACCAAAGGAACAGGACUUCGACCGGAGAAUUGACGAGGUAGUUCGGAACAUUCCAAUUCUAAUUGGAUGGACCGCUCAUGAUGGUCGCCCGUUUUCUAGCAUGAUGGGCCCGCGCAGUCUUCUUCAACUGCCAGUGAUUGGAUCGUAUGUGGAGGCCCUUGGAACUUGGUAUAUUACCCAAAGCUACUUCAAGUGGCCAUCACUCCGGUUUCAUGAACAGAUUUUGCGAGCAGGCGGUAUAUCAACCAGCUACUCGUUUGGAUGGGCUGCCGAUGGCAAUGCCUUGGGCGCGUGUCACUGUAUCGACAUACCCUUUGUGCUCGGGGGAUGGAAUGCUUGGAAGAUUGCCCCCAUGCUGACUGGGCAAAACACCCAAGCAGAUAUAGCUCGCUUGGGAUCGGACCUCAAAGACAUGUGGACGGACUUUAUGAACGGAAAACCACUGCAAAACGGACAUAUCAAAAUCACGAAGACAUUCAGAUAG